AUGGUUAGCUUUUCUUGUGAGGUUUGCAAUGACACUAUAGUUAAGAAGAAGCUCGAUCAACACAAGUCAAGAUGUCGUGGGGCCUACUUCACCUGUAUUGAUUGUUCGACCACUUUUGAAGGAAACGACCAUAAGAGCCAUACCUCGUGUAUUACCGAGGAUGAGAAGUAUCAGAAGGCAUUAUACAAAGGAAAAAAAUCCAAUCGUAACAAUAACAACAACAACAACAACAACAACAACAAUGAUAAAAACACUGCCCCAGUCCAGACCACCUCUGCCCCAAAGAAAGACAGUCAACCAAAGAAAGAAAGUAAACCGGUCAAGAAAAGCCAAGGGAUCAGCAAAUACGUUAAGGAGGACGGGGAAUCCCUCUAUAAGGUGCUUAAAAGUAUGGAAAAGAACGAUAAAAAGAUCCUUCUCAAGCAGCUCAAAGUUACCAAGAGAGAGGAUGGGGCGUACACCAUUUUAUGUGAUUGA